GCUUGUUUACAUUUAUUGUUUUCUUAAUUAUUAUUUUGACAGUUGAUUUAUUAAUUAUUUAUUCUCAUUUUAAAUUUAUUUAUCUAUUUAUUAUGUUACUGCAAUUCUGGUGAAUUGAUUCAUCUCUAUUAAGUUAAAUAUGAAUAUUCAAUUGUGAUCUUUUUCUUUCUCUUUCUCUUUCUAUCUCUUCUGGUUCUUCUCAUUCAACUUGUAACCUUUUCUCAAAACAAUGGACUCAUUUUCCUCUGUCAGUGGUAAUCUAUUUGUCUAAUUUGUGUUCAAUUACUGGUUAAUUUGGUAAUCAUGACUUUCGAUAAACUACCAAAUGAAAUACUUGACAUUAUUGUAUCUAAAAUCUCUCUGGUUUCCGAUGUCCUCAGUUUAAGCACCGUUUGCAGGCGAUUGUAUCACUUGGCUUGUUCGAGACUUUCACAAGUUAACUAUUUGAUUUAUGUCUCUCCAGAGGAACAUGGUGAGACAAUAAUCAAGAAAGAUGCAUUAUUUUACCAGACAAGAGAUCGUAAUAGUUUAAUGUCUUAUGUGAAAAAUUUACCACGAUUAAAGGUAUUGGAAAUUCAUGAUGCCUGUGGACCCGCUGCCUACAUUUUAAGGGACAUUUUCGCUUGUCGACCUGAUGUGAUCGGUGUUUGGUUUAAUUAUCCAUUUCCCUCGAAGCUUAAUCGUCAUGCAGUUUCAACUGCAGUUAUUGAGAGCAUGAGGUCGGACAGUGGUGAAGAAAAUGAUUAUCGUCAAUUGAUAAUCGAAACUGUUUGUAAGGAGCUUUGGGUUGUUUUACCUCAAAUGGAAAACAUCAAACGAUUACACAUUGAGUACUAUAGAGCUGAUACUCUUGUUGGAUACAAUGGGCUACCUUUUUCUAACAUUGAGAUGCUGGAAAUCGCCGUACUUGGUAUUACGAAUUAUUAUAAUCAACAUUACAUGCUACUCAUUGACAAUUGUCCAUCUUUGAAAAGUUUGUUCCUUUCUUUUAUCCACUGUAAGGAGUUUCAAGUUGUGGACCAUUCGAAAAAUUUUAACCUGGAAGAUAUUGUCCUCGAAUAUGAAGAUGAAUCAAUUCAGUCAUGGAGCUCUCUUGGAUCUUUUUUGCAUAAAUAUCCGAACAUAAAAUCAAUCGCUAUUCGAGGAAACUGUGCAUUUAAUGAUUGCCAUAUUCGUCAGCUUAUUUAUUAUUGGAAAAGAUUGGAGAUAGUUGAUGUUCGUGGUUGCGAUAUUAACAAAAAUUCUGAAGAGUUUGUUGAAAAAUUUAAUUCAAUGCAUCGUGGGGAACACCAAUCAAAUUUAUCUAUGGACCAAUCUCAAAAUCUUACCAUGAUCGAAUUAAUUAUCGAGCCAAUUGUAAAGGAAUCGAUUUUAUGGCCAAUAUAUUCCACAAAUCAUUCGCCAAUAUCCCACUAUUUCUUGAACCGAUUCCUAAGAAUCAGGUAACCGAAAAACCGAAUGAGACACAAUCGAAUGAGAAAGAAACAAGUAAUCUCAAAUAAGUUCAUUUUCAAACUGAGUAUUUACACACUCAUAAACUUCGAGGCAAAGUUACAAACAACCUUGUGAUCGAUCAAUUAAUUUAUUACAUGACGAUGGAGAAAAAAUGAUCUAAGUUCAAUAUACACUGAUAAUCUUAACAAUAAGCAUUGUUAUUAAGAAUGACAGUUGACAAUUCAAUUUGUGAUAUGAAAAAGUUUUAUAAUAAAAAUUAUCUAUCGGUAA